AACAGUAUUGAAACCAAAAUGGCUGCCACGGCCGGUGUUUCUUGUUCUUCUUCGUCAUCUCUAUCUACUCUUAGAAAAUCCUUCACUUCCAAUUCGCCUAUUUUCCCUUCCUUCUAUUCUCUGCUUCCGCAAAUUCCAAAACCCUUAUCCCUCAAAACCGUAAACCCAAACUUCAAACCCUUCUUACCACGCCGAUUCUCCUCCGCCGUCUCCGCCACCGCCGAUUCCGCCGAAGUUAGACAGUCCCUCAAAACUCGUUUGAAAAAUGGAGAAACCCUUUACGGCAUUUUCCUCCUCGGUUUCUCUCCAACCCUCGCUGAGAUCGCCGGGCUCGCCGGGUACGACUUCGCCGUGGUCGAUAUGGAACAUGGUCACGGAGGUAUCUCCGAUGCACUCCCUUGUCUUCAUGCCUUAGCCGCUACUCAAACUCCAGCUAUUCUCCGCAUCCCUGAAUCCUCCGCUACUUGGGCUAAAAAAGCCCUCGAUCUCGGCCCGCAGGGCAUUAUGUUUCCGAUGAUUGACGGCCCGAAAUCAGCCCGAAAGGCAGUGUCUUACUGUCGUUUCCCGCCUAAUGGCAUACGUGGAUCUGCUCAUACUGUUGUUCGGGCUUCGAGCUAUGGAAUUGAUGAAGGGUAUUUGAGUAAUUACGAGGAUGAUCUACUGAUCAUGUGUCAAGUUGAGUGUGUAGACGGAGUGAAGAAGAUUGAUGAAAUUGCAGCAGUGGAAGGGGUUGAUUGUAUUCAAAUGGGACCAUUGGAUUUGAGUGCGAGUUUAGGGUACUUAUGGGAUCCUGGGAAUAAGAAAGUGAAGGAGAUGAUGAAUACAGCUGAAAAAGGGGCGUUGAAGAAGAAGCCACUUGACGGUGGGGCGUAUUUAUCUGGAUUUGCAAUGCCUCAUGAUAGUCCUGAGAAUUUGAAAUCUAGAGGGUACCAUAUGGUUUCAGGAGCAGUAGAUAUCGUGUUGUUUAGAAAUGCAGCUGUGGAGGAUGUGAAGAAGUUUAAGAUGAGUUUGGCUAAAGGAUAUGAAGAUGAUGACAAUCAAAAAGAUCAUAAAGAUGGUGAAGAGAAGUACUGGAGUGAGUAAAAUUUUUAACUUUGUUAGAUUAAGUCGUAGUUUUUGAAGUAUUAUGUUCUGCUUUUGGUUGAUUAUGAGUCUUGGGAUUAACUUAAGUUUCGAAUUUGAGCUACUUAUGCAAUAGAGCCUUUUUUUUU